CAUCUCAACCAGAUGCUGCAACUCUCAUGCCUCCUAUCAUCAUCCUACGAACUUCCUGUUCACUACGUUGGCUCUUCCAUCCACAUCCGUCAAGCCAAGCUCCGCUGCUCAACUCCUCUUCUCCUCACCAAAAUCCAAUUCCAUGACCUCCCUAUUCCUCCUUUUCCUUCUCCCGUCCCCACCUGCGGUGGAGAUACUGAUUUUCCUGCCCAUCUCCAGCCAUCCUUCGACUCCUCUCUAGACCUUCGUGAACCUUUUGCCACCCUCAUAGACACACUCUCUUCCCAAGCCAAGAAGGUAGUUGUAAUCCAUGAUCCUUUAGUGGCCUUUGCGGUUCAGGAUGCUGCUUCUUUACCAAACGUAGAGCUCUACAUGUUCCACACCACCUCUGCCUUCUUUUCCUUCUCCUUUGUGUUGGAAAAAAACCGAGAAACCCUCGUUCCUAAAGAUUUCCCCGAAGACCUUCCUUCCAUGGCAGGUUGCUUUACAGACGAGGUGAUGAAUCUCCUAACCAUUCACAUGGAGUUCAUGAAACUCCAAUCUGGUGAUCUCCACAACACAUGUAGAGUGAUUGAAGGCGAAUACAUAGAUCAUCUAGCUCAGAAUGAUGAACUCAGAACCCUGUGGACUGUUGGACCAUUAAGUCAUCAUCUGGUAGGAAGAAUUGAGGAGCAGGGCAACCCCAGUGGGGAAAACGUAUGCCUGAAUUGGCUUGACAAACAACCGCCAAAGUCAGUCAUAUACAUAUCUUUUGGGACCACGAGUUCUUUUGUAAAGGAACAGAUUAAGGAACUGGCCGUUGGGAUAGAAGAAAGCAAGAUCAGAUUCAUAUGGGUGCUCAGAUAUGCCGAUCGAGGAGAUGUUUUUGCAGAAGAAGAUCAGAGUCCAGAGCUUCCAGAAGGGUUCGAAGAGAGAACGGAAGGAGAGGGAAUGGUGGUGAGAGGGUGGGUAUCUCAGGCUGAAAUCCUGAAGCACCCAUCUACUGGAGGUUUCCUGAGUCACUGUGGGUGGGGUUCAUGUUUGGAGAGCAUUAGCUCCGGGGUGCCAAUAGCAGCAUGGCCCAUGCACUCCGACCAGCCACGGAACGCUACACUGGUGACACAGGUGUUGAAGGUCGGUUUGAUUGUAAGGGAGUGGUCACACAGAGAAGAAUUAAUAACAGCAUUGGCAAUUAAAGAAGCUUUGAGGACAUUAAUGGCUUCAGAGGAAGGGGAAACGAUGAGGAAAAGGGCAGAGGAAUUAGGAAGGGCUGUUCGUCAGGCUACUGAGGAAGGUGGAGUUUCUCAAAAGGAGUUGGAAUCCUUCAUCAACCAUAUCACCAGAUAGACCCAUGAACAAGGGCAAUGCACAGUAUUUUUCAGUUCAUUACUGUAAAAAUAAAGGCUAGAUUAUCUC